AUGUCGAAUUCGACAAUUAGUAAGAUAGCAACUGUAUUGCCCGUAAAUACUGAGAAUUUAUUAAUGUCGACACCAAAGCUACGUCGAAACAAUACUUCGAUUAUCAAGGAGUUUAGUUUUAAUACUUCUAUGCACGGAAUACCGGGUAUUGCGCGAAGUGAAAGUCUACUGAAUCGUGCCUUUUGGAGCGUUUCAUUUCUGAUCUUCACUGGUAUUAUGUUAUACUUUGUUGUUCAAUCGAUUAUUACCUAUUUCAAUUAUCCUACACAAACAUCGGUAAGUUUCAGUGACGAAUGGCCACAAAAUUUUCCGGCAGUGACCAUCUGCAAUAAUUCUCCAUUUAUGUACGAUUCAUUCAUUGGGCCAUUUUUAAAUUAUACUAACUCAUUGAAUUUAACACAUACAAAUGAUACCACGGUACUUUCCUCUCAACAAGCACGUUAUAUUCGUGAUUUUCUAAUCUAUAAAUUGAAUCGAAAUGAGUCUGUCACCGAUUUCUUCUAUCCACUCGAAUCAAUACUGAUCAAAUGCAUCUUUAAUGGUAUUAGUUGUUCUGUAAAUGAUUUCAUUCAAUUCGUAUCUCCUGUAUACGGCUCCUGUUAUACUUUUAAUGCUAAAGUAGAUCACAUCAACAACGGCACAAUACAUCAGUGUGGUGACUACGGUGGAGUCGGUCUCUUAGAACUAGGCUUGUACACACACAACCAUCAGUAUGUUCCAUUUGUAAAUGACGAUGUAGGUAUAGUAGCGCUGGUACAUGAUAAUACAAAACUGCCUGCUAUUGAUAUAAUUGGUAGUAAAUUAGCACCUGGACGGAAGUAUAGACUGAAUUAUCGUAAGAGAACCAAUACGCUCUUACCAACACCUUACACAACGUGUACUGAUGAAACUACAGAAAGAUUACAAAUUAUAUUUGAUCAAUACGUUGGAGUGAAAUAUGACUAUGUACAAGAAUUAUGCUUUCGAGUUACUCUACAAACUUACACGUACGAACAAUGCGGAUGCAUCAGUCCACUUCAAUGGGCUUUUCGUUAUAUUCUUGUUCCCGGUACUAAUAGAAUCGUUCAAGCUCCUUUAUGUAAUAUAUCCGAUCCAUGUUAUACCGAAGCAGCAAUUCGAACGCAAGGUCCUAAUCCCCCUUCUCCUACUUUCGACCUUAACUGCGGUCUUGAGUGUACUACAAAUGAGUUUGUAGUUCGACUAUCUUCUUCUUUAGCACCAACAUCAUGGUACAUGGAUGAAGUAAAAAGUUUUGUUGAAUCAUCUUCCAUUCGUUUGUCGAAAAAUUGGUCAACAAACUGGGCUGCAGAAAUUGGCCGGAACUAUGUUGGUAUAGAAGUCGUCACUGAAUCAACUAAAGUUGAAGUCUACACACAACAAGCGUCUCUUAGUCGGGUAGAUGUUCUUUCCAACAUCGGUGGUCAAACUGGUCUUUGGAUUGGUAUUAGCUUUCUCUCACUGAUGGAAAUUGCUGAAAUGGUCUUUCGAUUGAUUCGUUAUCAAUCCCAUAGCAUUUGUCGUAAACUUUUCAAAUGA